AGCAGGUGCAGAGUGAUGCCGGGUAAACUUCGUAGUGACGCGGAUUUGGAGUCAGAAACCGCCACGGCAAAAGUGGAGAUGCCGCGAAAGCAAAAUGAGAAGAAAGGUAGAAAGGAGAAGCCAAAAUCUAGUAAGACUGAAAAGGCAGAAGAAAUGGAAGAAGUGAUUUCCCCCAAAGCUAAAAAAGUUAAAAAGAAAGCAGGGUCUUCUGAAGUUGACGUGGAUUCUCCUAAAUCCAAAAAGGCUAAAAAGAAAGAGGAGCCACCUCAAGAUGACAUUAUUUCUCCUAAAACCAAAAGUUCGAAAAAAUCAAAGGAGGCUUUGGAAAAGGAAGUUGUUUCUCCUAAAACCAAAAAAGUAAUAAAAAAUGAAGAGCCUUCUGUGGAAGAAAUAGAUGCUCCUAAGCCCAAGAAGAUGAAGAAAGAAAAAGAAAUGAAUGGAGGAAUUGGAGAGAAAAGCGCAAACCUGAAGAAUGGAUUCUCUCAUUCUGGACCUGACUCUGACUCCAAGGAAGCUGCCACUGAAGAGAGCAACAGUGAGUUAGAGCAGGAAAUAUCUGUGGAGCAAAAAGAAGGAGCUUUCUCUAAUUUUCCCAUAUCUGAAGAAACUAUUAAACUUCUCAAAGCCCGUGGAGUGACCUUCCUGUUUCCCAUACAAGCAAAGACGUUUCACCAUGUCUAUAGCGGGAAGGACCUGAUUGCACAGGCACGGACAGGAACUGGGAAGACGUUCUCCUUCGCCAUCCCUUUGAUUGAGAAACUUCAGGGAGAACUACAAGACCGGAAGAGAGGCCGUGCCCCUCAGGUACUGGUUCUUGCACCCACGAGGGAGUUGGCAAGUCAAGUAAGCAGAGACUUCAGUGACAUCACGAAAAAGCUGGCUGUGGCUUGUUUUUAUGGUGGAACUCCCUAUGGAGGACAGAUUGAUCGCAUGCGGAAUGGAAUUGAUAUCUUAGUUGGGACACCAGGUCGUAUUAAGGACCACCUGCAGAAUAACAAGCUGGAUCUCACCAAACUUAAGCAUGUUGUCCUGGAUGAAGUUGACCAGAUGUUGGACAUGGGCUUUGCUGAUCAAGUGGAAGAGAUUUUAUGUGUGGCAUACAAGAAAGAUUCAGAAGACAAUCCCCAAACCUUGCUUUUUUCUGCAACUUGCCCUCAUUGGGUAUAUAAUGUUGCUAAGAAAUACAUGAAAUCUACGUAUGAACAGGUGGACCUGAUUGGUAAGAAGACUCAAAAAACAGCAAUAACUGUGGAGCAUCUGGCUAUCAAGUGCCACUGGACCCAAAGGGCAGCAGUUAUCGGGGAUGUAAUCCGAGUGUACAGUGGUUAUCAAGGGCGCACUAUCAUCUUCUGUGAAACCAAGAAAGAAGCCCAGGAGUUGUCACAGAAUGCGGCCGUGAGGCAGGAUGCCCAGUCGUUACAUGGAGAUAUUCCACAGAAGCAAAGGGAAAUCACCCUGAAGGGUUUUAGAAAUGGUGAUUUUGGAGUUUUGGUUGCAACCAAUGUUGCUGCACGUGGGUUAGACAUCCCUGAGGUUGAUCUGGUUGUACAGAGUUGUCCACCAAAGGAUGUGGAGUCCUACAUUCAUCGCUCUGGGCGUACAGGUAGAGCUGGAAGGACUGGGAUUUGCAUCUGCUUUUAUCAGCACAAGGAAGAAUAUCAGUUAACCCUAGUGGAGCAAAAAGCGGGGAUUAAAUUUAAACGAAUAGGUGUUCCUUCUCCAACAGAGAUAAUAAAAGCUUCUAGUAAAGAUGCCAUCAGGCUUUUGGAUUCUGUGCCUCCUACUGCAAUUGGUCACUUCAAGCAGUCAGCCGAGAAGCUGAUAGAGGAGAAGGGAGCUGUGGAAGCCCUGGCAGCAGCCCUGGCCCAUAUUUCAGGUGCCACAUCAGUGGACCAGCGCUCUUUGAUCAACUCGGAUGUAGGGCUUGUGACCAUGAUCUUGCGGUGCUCAAUUGAAAUGCCAAACAUUAGUUAUGCUUGGAAGGAACUUAAAGAGCAACUGGGUGAGGGUAUUGAUUCCAAAGUGAAGGGAAUGGUCUUUCUCAAAGGAAAGCAGGGUGUUUGCUUUGAUAUCCCUACUGCAGCAGUAACAGAAGUACAGGAAAAAUGGCAUGAUUCCCGACGCUGGCAGCUCUCUGUGGCCACCGAGCAACCAGAGCUGGAAGGACCACGGGAAGGAUAUCGCAGCUUCAGGGGACAGCGGGAAGGCGGUCGAGGUUUCAGGGGACAGCAGAAAGGAAACAGAAGCUUCAGGGGACAGCGGGAAGGAAACAGAAACUUCAGGGGACAGCGAUCAGGAGGUGGCAGCAGAAGUAACAGAUUCCAAAACAAAGGCCAGAAGCGGAGUUUUAGUAAAGCGUUUGGACAGUAAUUUGAAGUAGAGGAUUUACACGGCAAAAAACAGAACAUGUUCACCAACGUGGAACUGAACGUUGUUUUUCAUACAAAGUCAAAAGCACAUUGUCUAUCCUUCCUGACCGCUUACCCAGUCCCCAUCUCUUCAAGAGAGAGACUAGCUUCAUCUAAAUUAUUUCCUCUGAUGACUGUCAUUUAUAACUUUAUUGCUACUUCUGUAUCGAAUUUUCCUUUUGAAAAGGUAUAUGGAUUCAUUGCCUAUCCUAGUGCAUUGUCUAUAGGUUACAAGGUAAAAUCAAGCAUGUAUCUGCUGAUACUUUUUAAGUUGAUCUGUCUGUACUUAGAAGUGUCUCAGUAGUGUCCUUCCUUGAAUACCAUGGGGAAUCGACAGUUUCUGGAGAAGCACUCUGAGCACUCAAGGCUUUGUUCUGUAAUUGGGAUUCCUCAGCCACUUGCUUAAUGAUUACUCCUGUGGUCCUAUAAUGUGUCUUCUGAGAAUUAAUACUGAGCAAUGUUUUGAAGCAAACUUAGCUGGGAUGUGUCACAGUGUAUGCUCUAGAUUUGGAGGAUGGUGAUACAUUUGAUGGGAGAUAUUACAUAGAUUAGCCAUUGUUAUGUGCAUUUUGGUACAUUUUUAGCUUCUCAAUAUAAGAUGAUUCAUGCUUCAGUGAAUUCUGUUUUACUGGAAAGCAAGUCUUUAAGGAAUUCCAGGUAUAUAAGGUGGCCCCAUAACUUUCUUCAUAAGCAAGGAGGCUGGUUAAAUGGUGCUUGAUAAUGUACUCACCUCUGGUUGGAAGAUUAGCAUUUACCAAGAAGGAGCUAAGGGAGUAGGGGGCAGAAACUUGCAGAAGAAUCAAAAAAAGCCACUGAAAAUAGUUUCUACAUGUGAGAAGAAGGCAAAGAGAGGAACAAGUGAAGAUGCAUGAUAAAGCAUCCUUUUAAUGGUGAAAACUUACCGAGUCCUUACUGUUUCUAGAGUUUAAUUUCUAAGAGGCAAGCUGGAGUUUUUAGGUACAAUGAGGCCUAGUUCUUACAGCUGCAGGAUAGGGUCUUUUUCUAAUAGACUGCUACUCUAUUGAAAGGUUGUAGCCAUUUAGGGUCUUCGUUUUAACAAACAGUUAAUUUGUUGCUUGGAGGGAACUGAGGAAGGGAAUAUAGCCCCUGGUCCAGUAUUGCUCUGAGGUCUCAAAUGAUUUUUCUGGGAAACCUUGCAAGGGGUGCAGGAGCUUCAGUGUAGCUUUGUCUUCUUGACUUAAUUCCUAGAAAUUCUGUAUUGGGAAUCUCAGGAAACAGACUAUGAUAGGAGAAGUUCAAACAUAUGGCCUGUCUUGUGUUCAUUUAAUUAUUUGGAACAACUGAAAUCUUUCUAGGCCCUGAUUUCUCUAACUGGCUGUUUAUUUCCAACUACUUAGCAGUCACCUCUGCAGUAAGGGGCUCGGGUAGCCAGCUCAGCUCCUUAAUUCUUGAGGCAGCAUCCUUUUUCUAUUUGGAUUUCAGCUCUGAACUUGAAUCCUGACUAGAUGUUUCUGUUCUCACAUUCUCUUGGCUUUUAUUCCUUGAUCCACAUGUCAGUUUUAUCACUUGACCUCAUGGUUUCCCAUCAAGCCAGAGGGAGUAAGGGGAGGUAUUUGAUCCACAAGGCACAUGACAUACAAGUCAUGUGCCUUGUGGAUCAUGUUUUAUUAGCUUCUGGUUUUGCUGAAAUAACAACCAAAACGUUUCAGUUUGGAUAGGAAUGGGUACUUUAUUAAGUUGAUUAAAAGGACACUGUACCUUUAGGAAAAUACAGUUAAAACCUUGAUGUGGAUUAGCUUAAAGAAAAACCAUCAGGCAAAAAUCAAGAUUGGGGGGUUGAGAGGAGAGAUGGAUGGGAGUUUAACUUUACAAAACUCAAUUUUAAGGAAAACAUGACUAUUUCAAUACAUGAAGCUAUGGAGUUCCCACUGUGGCACAACAGGAUCAAGUGCUGGGAUGCAGGUUCUGUCUCCGGUCAGGCCUGGUGGGUUAAAGGAUCCAGCUGUGCUGCAGCUGUGGCAUAGCUCGGAUCUGAUCCCUGGGCCAGGAACUCCAUAUACUGCAGGGCGGCCAAAUAAAUAAAUAAAUGAAGCUAAAAUUUUUCCUGAAUCCCUGAAUUCAAACCAUAUUUAUAAAUGUAAACUGCAGCUACCAUAUGCUUAAAUGGGUUUGUUGAGCUAACCUGGGAAAUGUUAUUGUUUUUACUGUUUUCUACAGAGAAAAUAUUUUACAAUUUAGGUAUCAAUUCAAUGAACUUUUAAAAUACAAUCAAUUUUUAUGUUGGAACUAUCUGUGCAGCAGUUUCUUUACAGUUGUACAUAAGAUGUUUUUACUGUAAAAUUGAGUUAAUGUAUGAAAAUAAGGCUUUAUGCCAUAAUAAAGAUAUUAGUACUUAC